AUGGUGAAAAUGCACAAGCCUGCCAUGCUUGUAUUGAUUGAAACGAAGAUGGCAGACCACCAGUCCCUAGCCCAGCAACUUCAGUUCGAUAUGAUCAUCCAGUUUCUAGCAGUAGGCCCAUCUGGGGGUAUUGUGUUUAUGUGGAAAAAGGAGUUCGUGGCUGUUGAAAAAGUGGAAACUACCCCCCAAGGCAUCCAUGCAAUGGUGAAGGUAAGUCCAGACCACCCUCCAUGGCUUUUCUCUGCUAUUUAUGCUAGUAAUCUCUUAGAAAAUAGGAAAUUCCUAUGGGAGUACCUAAUCACAAUAUCAAAAAACAUAAAAACAAAUUGGUUUAUAGGAGGAGACUUCAACGAAGUCCUAAAGGCCAGGGACAAAUUUGGGGGUAACCCCAUAAACCUGAGCCGCAACAACCUGUUUUGGAACUGUAUAAAUGAGUGUAACCUAAUAGACCUAGGCUAUAAAGGAAGCAAAUACACUUGGACUAAUAAAAGGUAUAGUAACAAAACCUCUCUAAUUCUGGAAAGAAUAGAUAGGAGCUUCGCAAAUGAAGGCUGGAUUGAGCAGUACCCUGAAGCUACUGUACUUCACCUCCCUAGGACCCACUCAGACCACUGCCCUUUGCAAAUUAACUUGGUAGGGCCUCCAAACAACAAACCAUCAAGGCCCUUCAGGUUUUAA